CUUUUCACUCCCUCGGUCGUGUCAUUUUCAAAUCUAUCUAAGAAAACAAGGGGGAAAGAAAAAAAAACAAGAUAAGCAGAGAAAUACUCUCAAGAUCUUAUUGCUCUAUCCUUUACUUCAUUCAUCUCAGUCGUGUACACCUUCACAAUGGCAACAAGCGUACGAACAUUCAGAUCUCUGGCACGACCUGUCGUGGCACGUCGGUUCCGUCCAGCUGUCACUCUCCCCGCCAUUCAGUCUCGCUUGCACUCCUCUAAACACCCCAAAGGCUUCGAAGCUCCUUCAAAUGAGGAGCUCGAGGAGUUGAGGGAGCGUGUGCAGGAAUUCACACGCCGUGAGAUCACAGAGGAGGUCGCCGCAAAGACAGACAAGACAAAUGCCUUCCCAGCAGAGAUGUGGCAAAAGCUUGGUGAAGCUGGCUUCCUAGGCAUCACAGCUGACGAGGACGUCGGCGGUCUCGCUAUGGGUUACCAGGCGCACAUCAUUGUCAUGGAGGAGCUAUCGCGAGCCUCUGGUUCUAUCGGUCUCAGCUACGCAGCACAUUCACAACUCUGCGUUAACCAGUUGCAACUCAAUGGAUCUCCAGAGCAGAAGAAAAAGUACCUACCUGGCCUCAUUGCUGGCACAAGUGUUGGCGCGCUGGCCAUGUCUGAGUCUGGUGCUGGCAGUGACGUCGUCAGCAUGCGAACAACAGCAAAGGCCGUUGACGGUGGUUACGUGCUGAACGGAUCCAAGAUGUGGAUCACUAACGGCCCUGAUGCCGAUGUUAUUGUGGUUUACGCCAAGACAGAGCCUGAGAGGGCCUCUAAAGGUAUCACAGCCUUCAUCGUGGAUACCAAGAGUGAGGGCUUCAGCUGUGCCCGCAAGCUCGACAAGAUGGGCAUGCGCGGCAGCAACACCGGCGAACUCAUGUUUGACGGUGUCUUCGUACCAACAGAGAACAUCCUUGGCAAGGUCAACGGAGGUGUGCGAGUCCUGAUGGAAGGUCUCGAUCUGGAGCGCUUGGUGUUGAGCGCUGGACCUCUGGGCAUCAUGCAGGCUUCACUAGAUGUUGCCCUACCCUUCACACACCAGCGCAAGCAGUUCGGUCAGCCUAUUGCUCACAACCAGUUGCUCCAGGGCAAGCUGGCCGAUAUGUACACGAAGCUCCAGGCUUCUCGCGCCUAUACCUACACAACCGCCAAGGCGGUCGACGAUAACGGUUUGAUCCGCACACAGGACUGCGCGGGAGCUAUCUUGUAUGCAGCUGAGCGGGCGACUGAGUGCACACUUGACUGUAUUCAGCUUCUUGGUGGAAUGGGUUAUGUUGAGGAAAUGCCCGCAUCACGAUUGCUUCGAGAUGCCAAAUUAUAUGAGAUUGGAGCCGGUACUUCCGAGAUUCGAAGAAUGGUUAUCGGCAGGGCUUUCAACAAGGAGUAUGCGCAGGCUUGAAGAGGAAGUACAACAAUACAACAUUAUGCGUGGGUUCACCUAUGAAAACAUGCACCAGGAUCAAUGCAUGAGCCAUGGAAUAGUUUAAAAAAAAAAAGGUCCCGAGCUAGCAGAUUAGUUCCACAGGUGUAGCUAUCGUUGACUCUCGCAGGGCCAGUUGUUAGACGAGAGCGAUCCGAUCUUGAUCAAGUAUGCUAUGAUGCAAGAAUUGCGUAUCAUGAGAUUGGCCGGAAUGGAUUGAAUAACCAAUAGAACAAAGGAAUUAAGAAACAAGAAGAUAAAAAAUUCAAAAAA